GGUCCAGACGAGCGGGACUCGUGUGACGUCACUUUCCGCGAAUCCCCUUCCUUGAACAACGAGACCGAAAGAAAGAGCACCAAAACAAACAGCAAACUAAGACCCAGCAAAAGCUCACAUUUGAACCGAUUGCUCGCCGAGGACCUUUAUCCGAAGAAGCAAGCGACCUUGUACUGUUUCCAGGAUGUCUCUGUACCCAUCCCUGGAGGACCUGAAGGUGGACAAGGUGAUGAUGGCCCAGGCCCGCUUCACCCCCACCAGCGCCACCGUGCCAGCGAUCAGCGAGGUGGGCAGCCAGCUGCAGCAGCCUGCCGCCGCCGGGAUGCCGUCAUCCGCAGGCCUGUAUCCCAGCCUGGAGGAUCUGGGCGAGUACAUGGGUCUGCGUCUCAACAGCGAUGAGGUGCAGAACAACCUGGCCGUGCUGCCCGCGGCCAACAACGAUCAGGUGGCGGUGUCUCCCUACUCGGCUGUGGGGGGGAUGGUGUGUCCCGUGACAGGCUCGGAUGUGGGCAUCAGGAGGGCGGAGGUCCGCCAAGGUCUGCGGGAGAUCAUCCUGUGCAAGGACCAGGACGGCAAAGUGGGGCUCCGCCUCCGUGCCAUCGACAACGGCGUGUUUGUCCAGCUGGUGCAGGCCAACUCCCCCGCUGCCUUGGCCGGGCUGCGUUUUGGGGACCAGGUCCUUCAGAUCAACGGCCAGAACUGCGCUGGCUGGAGUGUGGAUAAGGCCCACAAGGCCCUGAAGGCCGCGGCCGACACCCGCAUAGAAAUGGUGGUCAGGGACAGGCCGUUCCAGCGCACGGUGACCAUGCACAAGGACAGUUCGGGCCACGUGGGUUUCAUCUACAAGUCUGGGAAAAUCACAUCGCUGGUGAAGGACGGCUCGGCGGCGCGUAACGGCCUGCUGACGGAGCACUACAUCUGUGAGAUCAACGGCCAGAACGUUAUCGGCCUCAAGGAUCCCCUCAUCAAGGACAUUCUCAACUCCUCCCCGACCACCAUGACCAUCACCAUCAUGCCCAAGUUCAUCUACGAGCACAUGAUCAAACGGAUGUCCACGAGCCUGCUGAAGUCGUCCAUGGAUCAUUCCAUCCCUGAGGUGUGAAGGUCAUGGAGAGCUCAUGGAGGACGGCCACGUGUCUUUUAUUUUUCUUUCUUUCCUUCCUCACCCCAUCAUCAUCAUCACUAUGCCUUCUUCCUCUUCAUUCACCUCGAUGAAGGUGAUGAAGGUCAGUCCAACGUGUCUUUAGGUUUUUUAUUUUCAAGACAUGUCCGAGUCCGCAGCUCCCUACCUUUUUGUUUUUCUGCUCCAAGAUGCUGGAAGCACACCUCCACCCUUGAUACACUGUAUGGUAUAUACAGUAUAUACAGUAUAUACAGUAUAUACAGUAUAUAUAGACACACACACAUAGUACUUACUUAGUAUAUCUACAAUCAUUUUACAAUAAACCAAUACAUUUACCAAAAGACAUUGCUGGAAUAUUCAUCCUGCCCCCCCCCCCCCAAAAAAGAAAUAAACAAUCAAUAAAGUCAUUAAUAUGACAUGAAAACUCCAAGUGAUCACAUAGAAGCUCAGCAAGACCAACUUUUACUUUGUUUCUCGUCUUUUGAUUGUUUUCUAAUGAUUUGGACGUUCCACCUCAUCAUUUACACUUUUUAUCGCACAAUUGAGACAUUUUUCACAGAAUUUUGACUUUUUAAUCUCGUCAUUUGGACUUUUUUCCUCACAAUGUUUUUCUCAAUUUGGAUUUUAUAAUCAUAAUUUGAACUAUAUUCUCAAAAUUAUUCGUUUUUACCUCAAUUUGGAUGUGAAUCUAAAUUUUGACUUUCUGUCACAAUUUGAGAUUUUUACCUCAAUUUAGAUAUUUUGUCUCAUCAUUAGGAUAUUUAAUCCCAUAAUUUUAACUUUUUUUCUUACAAUCUGGACUUUGUAUCUCAUAAAUCUUGUAAUUUGGAUUUAUUCCUCAUAAUUUUUUUUUUAUUUCAAAAUGUUUACUUUUUUUAUCUCACAAUUUGGGAUUUUUACCUCAAUUUGGAUAUUUUGUUUCAAAAUCUGAUCCUUUUAACCUUUUUUCUUUUCCCAUAAUGUUGACUUUUAUUCUCACAAUUUAGACUUUUUAUCUCCAUAUUUUCAACUUCUAUCUCGUAAUUUGGAGUUUUAUGUGAUAAUUGUGAUGUUUGCUGUCAUAAUUAGGAUGCUAUCACGCUGUAUUUUUGCUGGGUAUUGAAUGUGUUGCAUUUGAGGAACAGGUAGCGUGUUUUUCGCUUGCCUGCUGAAGAUGAUGAUCAUAUUUUGUAUGAAUUGGGCCAAAAUGGGCGGAGCCACCAAGUGCACUUUCCACUUUUCCUGAAGGGAGAGCACAGCAAAAGCAGCUUUUUCUUUCCUUUUUGUUAUUCUUUGAACAGUAAUCCUGUUGGAAACCUGUUUACGCCACUGAUGGAAAGUAAUAUACCAUCGCUACAUCAUAGCUCAGUUAUCGUUCCCAGAUCAAGUCAUCAUGAUGACAUCAAGUCGCAAGGACCAGAUAAUAAGUCCCUUAUGAUGAGGUGAUAAUUCUGAGAUUAAAAAGUCCACAUGAUGAGAUAAAAUGUUGAAAUCUCAUAAAUUGGGACAUUUUAUCUCAUCAUCAGGACCUGUUAUCUCACAAUGUUGCCUUUUCAUCUCAGAAUUUCACCUUUUUAUGUCAUAAUUUCACUUUUUUGUCUUGCAAUUUGGAUUUUGUUUUCUUUAAAAUCUUAAUUGGGACUUUUUCCUUCCAAAUUAAUUUUUUUUCAUUUUAUGAUUUAGAUGUUUUGUCUUGUCAUUAUCAUCAGGAUUUUUUCAUUUCAUCAUUUCAUUUUUUAUUAGACUUUUCAUUUGACUCAUAAUUAUUCUAUUUCAAAAUUAGGAUUGUUUAUUUCACAAUUAGGACUUUCAAUUUCAUAAUUUUACAUUUUUAUGUCAUAAUUAUCUCAUAGUUAUGACUUACUUCAUAGUUUUGACUUUUUGUCAUAAUUAUCCUAUAUCAUAGUUAGGACUUUUUAUUUCAUUAUUAAGAUUUUUGAAAUCUCGUAAUUAUCCUUAUGACAUUAUAUUUCAUAAUUCUGCCUUUUCAUUUCAUCAUUUGUAUUUUUGUAACCUCAUAAUUACGACUUUUUCAUCUGAUCAUUCAGACUGUGAACUUUUCUGAAAGUAAUUCUGACGUACCAGUUGGAUCUGUGUGGCGGAAAAGGGGCUUCCAUCCCAUAAUAAGUUUGCGCUAUGCAUGCUAAAAAGUCAUUUCCAUAAGAAUGUAAUGAAGAUGCUCGUACAGUCAGACGAAUAAAGGUCAAUGAUUAUCACU